AUGGCGAUUGGCCGUCGGAGUGAAGCGGGGAAGUUUGCGCGGCGUCUAAUUGGCCCUGCAGUUUCUCUCACGUACCCGCAGCUCUCUCUCUCCAUAACUUAUGAUCGCACGUGUUGUGUCGGACGGGAUACGGUGUACUCACCUUACGAAAAGUGCAAGUACAGAGGGGAAAUUUUGAGUGUCCAAGGAGCGCUUCUUUCCACGUUGAUGCACCCAGUUCUGCCGCAUUCCAUUUUCUUCGGAAGCCAAGCACCUGUCAGCGACGCUUCUCUUAUGUUUGCCCUGUUUGGGAGAAUGGAACCACCAAAGAAUCCUUGCAAAGUAGAAUCAAUUAGGAAUAACAUCGUACUUUCCUCGUCACCUGCCCACGUAUGGACGCGAGAUAUGGAGCAUGUGGAAAUGUUAAAUAUUGACUCUGGAAGGACUAACAAGGGAUCCCCGUCCAGG